AUGGAUAUCGGUGUGUGCAACCGAGGCAUGAUAGAACUGAAUUUGAAAUUUGAAAUUUGAAAUUAUCGACUGACUCAGAGAAUAAAUUACUCGAAUUAUUUCAUCUGUGAUUACGAUAGUUUACAGACAGAUCGAUCGAUUUUGUUUCUAGAGAUAGAAUUGAAUGCGAGAACACAGCGGCGCUGGUUAAACGAGAAUGCGAAGAUAUUUUGAAGACGGCCCGAGAAACUGCAGAGAAACAAAUUCACGAAAUAGUAGAGCUUUACGAUGAAGCUAAGGAAAAGAUGACCCGAUUAGAGGAACGUGUAGGAACGUACGAAGCUUUCGAACGAGAAUAUGAAAACCGUGGUUCCGAGCUGGCGAAUCUACUUGAAACUUUAAAACGUUUCGACGUGGAUGUCGGCUCUGUCUGUCAACUCGCGGCAGAGGCUUUAAAGAACUUGACCGAACGGGGAACCUUGUUCGAAGAAAGCAUGAAGAAUCUCAGGCAUCUCGCUUGGACCGUAAAAGACAGAAAGGACGAACCGCAACUAGUUUUAUUAAGGGAACAGAACUCCGUUUUGAGAGAGAUAGUGAAGAAUCUUAAAAAGAAGAUGCUCAGCCAAACGCACGAUGAAAUCCCGAUAGAAAAAGAUGCGGAACAACACGAACAUGCGAUAAAUCCCCGAAAUAUUGAUGGACACUCAUCGAACGGGCGUUCGUUGAACGGAAAUGCAACGGAAAAUCCGAUAGACUCGUCGAUUCGCGAGAAUAAUAACGAUUACGACGCGAAGGAACGCAACGGACGCGAUGCAAUUGGAACGCGCGCAAUAACUGUCAGCUGGAAGAACGAGAAUCGAAGCGAGAAGUUCGAUAUCGAACGUACGAUAAUCGAUAAGUGCGGGAAAUUGUUGUGCAUCGUGUCCCAUUCAAACGGCGUGGUGUACGAAGAGUACGUGUUCAAAUUAUCGACCGAUCGAGAAAUAAAAAUCAAAUAUCCAGUUUCAUUGAACAAGGACGACGAGGCGGUUAGGUUGGAGUUCGUGGACAACGAGACUGAUUACGAAGUGACACCGACGGACAGAAUGUUGAUAUUGUUUAAAAACGUGUACGUGACCGUGAACGUGAAGCAAACCGGUGUACCGUGCAGCACGCAAACUGCAAAGAUAAAAACCUGCAACAUCUUUACGCAAACGGCGGUUACUGGAGUAAACUGGUUCUCUCGUUUAAACAUGGGCGCCACGAUGCUUAAUAGCGAGAAACGUGCGAUAGAGAGAAGUCUCGGUAAUUUGGAACGAACCGUUAACACCUUAAAACUGAACACGUUAAAUGAUGUUGAAACGAUGAUUGGUAAGGGUUCGCAUUUACUUGGAAAUAACGAGAUGCUAAACCAUAUCAAGGCAUUGACUCAAUAG